CGCUGCGCGAUGUCAACGAGGAAGCGAGAACACAUGCAUACAACACAAAAUAUGCUGGAAUAAGUAUGAAAGAAAAUACCUCACUUGUCCAUUUCAUCUCCUCGCAAAAUAAAGACACGAUCUCUACAGGGGACGCAAGUCUUCAGCCUGCUGUUCCCACCGCUUGAGAUGGCAUCUCCUGUAGAGUCUGCUGUGAUGAAGAGCACUGUGCUUGUUGCUCCAGUGACUGCACUGGAAUUCCUGGGGGAGAAUUUCCUGCUGACAGGUGAGGGACCUGUCCUCUCUGUGUAUAGUCUUCAGGCAUCUCCUAAAGAAUGUGCAUCCUUAAAUGUUCUUCAUAAUAACCGUAUACAUGGGAUACGACCUAGUAAAACAUAUCAGUUUGGAGAGAGACAGUUCAACAAUGUAAUCUCAUCUGAAAGUUCUGUUUUGGACAACGACAAGGAGGACAUCAUUGUUUUUGGAGGAAAAGGAGUUCGGCUUGUCAGCUUCAAUACUGGAAGACGAUGCCUAAAGUUCAUUGGUCCUCUCUUGGAGCUUCAAGACUGGGUUCUGGACAUUCAUUGGCUGAAAGAACAACCACACCCACUGUUAGGCAUAUCCUUGGCUCACAAUGCUGUGUUGCUUUUAGAUGCAGAAUCUGGUAACGUUCUUUCCUUCUACUCCUGUGUAGAGACAUGUCUUCUCUACUCAGCACUUAUGAUUGGUCCAAAUUGGGAUUCUUUAGUGCUGGUAGGUGGGACUGUUUUCAAUCAGCUUGUGCUAUGGAGGCCUACAGGGAACAAACCUGAUGGCCAGUCCCAGGUAGAGAGACGCCUGUUGGGCCACACUGGAGUCAUUUUCAGCCUUUGCUACCUUCAGAAAUCUGGGUGGCUGGCAUCUGCCUCAGAUGACCGCAGUGUUCGUUUGUGGAGUGUCGGCACAUUGGGUGGAGAUGCAGGCUGUGGAGAGGAAUCGCCAACAUGUCUUCGUGUGCUUUAUGGGCACCAGGCACGGGUCUUCUGUGUCAGGCUUGCACCAAACCGUGUAUUCAGUGCAGGAGAAGAUGGAGCGUGCCUACUCUGGGAAUGGGGAGGUGAAGGAAAGGUGGGACGUACGUUUAGAGGGCAUAGGUUAGGUGGAGUGAGGGCUCUGGCUGUCAGCGAGGGAAGUAUAGGCUGUAAGGAAGGAUGGAUGGCUACUGGAGGUGCAGAUGGUGGGGUAAGAGUAUGGAGAGUGGCAGAGGAGAAGAAAGACUGUGAGGAAACUCAGGCAGAGACUCAGUUGGAUCUGGGGUUUAAAGGACAGGGUUGUCCCAAAGCGGUCCGAUUAGUGGGUGAGGGUGAAUCGAAUACAAUUCUGGUCUGUACUGAUCAAGGAGAGGUGUGCCUUAGUCAGGGUGAUUCCUGGGAUGUCAUUUGGCGAGGGGGAGCAGAAUUCCAGUCCUAUUGUGUGAUGGAGAUCACAAGCAUCCAAGUCCAGAAUUCAGAUUGCAUUGUGUGGGUUUGUGCAGUGGGUAAUCUGAAUGGAGGUGUCCAGGUGUUUCUUGUAGGGCAGCCAGGUGUGGGAGUCUUGCUAAGAGCUGGCGAGGGUAAGGUUCACUCUGUACUUUGGGUCAAAGGACUGUUUGAAGGGUCCAGGAGUUGGUGUCUUCUUGCAUCAGGCUCCGAGGGACUGGUUUACCGAUGGACAAUAAAAGUGACAGAGGAUGAAUCAGGGUUGCAUAUGCAAGAGAAAACUCUUCUUCCUUUCCUGCUGCCACCCUGUGCCAAACGCUGGUUGACUGCUGCAGUUACCUUGUCCCAGAGAAAGGGGUUGUACCUGUGUGGUGAUCGGAGAGGGUCACUACUGCUCUACACUGAAAGAGAAGAGAAUGACAGAAGAAAUGAAGGAAGAAUGGACUUACAAGGCCAAGAAACUGAAAACAAGCAAACAGACCAUGGUAGUCCUCUGUCUCCCAUUAGCACCCUUUAUGGAGUGCAUGGAAAGCAAGGUGUGACUUCCGUGUGUGAGUAUCAAGACUUAUGUUACAGUACAGGUCGAGAUGGAUCUGUAAGAAUACUAACUGUUGAAAAAAACGUCCUGAAGGUGCGUAGAGUUCAACGGGCCUGCAGAGGCAUGGAGUGGAUAGAGAAAGUUCUGUUUCUGGGCUCGGAUGGACCUGAGGUACAGGGAAAGUUGCUGAAUGAGGGAAUUGAGAAGAGGACGAUCGAUCAAGAGAGUGCAAGCAUAGCCGAAACUCGAUUUGUAAUGGUUGGCUUCCAUUCGGUCCACUUCGUUAUAUGGGACCCUCACAGACAAGAGAAGCUUUUUUCAGUUGUCUGUGGAGGCGGCCAUCGAUCCUGGGCCUAUAAAUGCCUGAUAUACGCCGACACAGAUCCUAAGGCACAUACACUUGGACAAGGUACCCUUGUGUUCAUCAAGCACGGAGCCGUCAUGGCAUCACGUUCAUUAGCAUCCACAGAAACCGAUGUGAAUGGACGCACACUGAAAGAGGGGCUACAUGGACGAGGCAUCAGCUGUGUUUGUCACCUUGGUAGUCUGACCAAGACUGGACAAUUUUCAGAACUUUGGGAAGUUUUUGCUACCGGAGGGGAGGAUACCACAGUAGGUGUACUCGCCAUCAGUCCAAAGAGUGGAACUGUUAAAGUGCUUUCAGUUCUAACAGACCAUAUCUCAAAUGUUCGUGUGCUGGCUGCAAUCAGAAGAAGAGAAACUAAUGAAAAAUGGGGAGAUGACGAGACGGAUAACUCCUCUGUCUCUUCUUUGGUGUUUUCUGCGGGUGGCCGGGCUCAGCUGCAGUGUUACCGGCUCUUGAUUCGUUUGGAUGAGCAGCAGGGCCAGCCAAUCUGUCAGGUCACUCAGAUAGCUGGCCAUCGAUUGGAUGAACAGUGGGAACGGAAGCGGAACCGACACAAGACUGUCAAAAUGGACCCAGAGACAAGGUACAUGUCUAUGGCUGUUGUGCAUAAUGGGACUGAAUGUGUCCUACUGGCCCUGGGCUGUAGCGAUGGUGCAGUAAGGCUUUUCAGAGUGACUGAGAGCAGUAGGAGUGCUGACAUGCUUUGGGAGUGUUUUUACCAUCAGAGGUGUGUGCUCAGCGUCGCCACCUACAAGCUGGAGGACUCCCAGGACAGAAAGCUUUUGUUGCUGUUCAGUGCCACUACAGAUGGUUGUAUAUCUGUGUGGGAUUUAACAGCAGUUUUGAACAGUAAGGCUAGUGUCAGCUGGCAGGGUCCAUCAGCUCCGUUCUUUUCCAUACCUGUCCAUCAAAGUGGAAUCAAUGCGCUUACCAUAUCACCUAGGAGAGAAAUGAGGCAAAUGGAGGAAAAUGUAAUCUCAUUGGCCAGUGGUGGAGAUGAUGGACAGCUGUCUCUACUACAUAUUAAGAUAGAUCAGAAAAAGCAAGAAAAUGGAGACGUGUCUCUACAGCUGCUUGCCCAUUGGUCAGUGCCCUUGGCACACUCUUCCCCUCUCACAGGGUUAUGUUUACUAAGCCCCACACUACUGGUGUCCACCUCACCGGACCAGCGCUUGUGUUUGUGGAGUGUGAACAGUGACGGACUCCGCCCACUGAAGGUGCUGUUCUCACACACUGCUGAUGCAGCUGGGUUGUGGGCGUGGUUUGGACACGAGGGAGGAGCCUGGGUGGUUGUUUGUGGGCAGGGCUUACAGUUGUUUCAUUUAACGGAAAGAAAGAUGGAUGAACUGCAUGAAACUGUUAACAGGACAGUAAAAGAAGAGAGAAAGAAAGUGAUAUUUCCACAUCAUGUUUCAAGGACAAAACACUGACUUUAAUUUGUGAUUUCUAAAUUAGGAUGCUUAAGAUUUUUAGUUGUAAAGUUUGAGAUUUUCAAAUAUGUAACGUUUUUUUCUGUGUCAGGUAAAGUACCUUUAUUUUCAGUAUGGCUUAACAAUGAAAGUCAAUACAGAUCUACAGAACCAAUCAAAAGUUUGAACACAUUAGACAUUUUGAUGUUUAUGUUUCUUAUGAUCCUACUAGGGGUGUGCGAUAUUGAAAAAAAAAUGUAUAUCUCGAUAUUUUUUGGGAUUUUUUUUCAAUAACGAUAAAUAGACGAUAUUUUGCCCGGUGUGUUGUGCUGAUAUCUGACGGACAGCUGCAGUUUUUGAUAUUCUUCAUAUUCUGUGUGGUCAGUUCACAUCAGUGAUAGAAAUUAAUCUUUUCAUAUAAGUUUAAAUUGAUUUUUACCUUUUAUGGGCAAUUUUACCUUUAAUAAAGCCAUUUUUUUCUAAAAAUGUGCAUAAAGAGUCAAAUUGUUACAUUUAAUCAGUCAAUUAGAAUAAUAAGACAUUUAGGCUGUUACCAAACAAAUGAAACCAGUAUCAACAAAAUUAAUCUUUGCAGAAGUUGCAUCUGAAGUGGCAUUUAGAUGCAUUUACACACUCUUUAAUGCAGCUCAGAGGGACAUGGAGUGCUUUAACCAGUUACAAAUGCAUAAUGUUUUGAUAAUUUAAACAAAAUGCUGAAUACUGAUAUUUGACAUUUUAAAAAUGAAAAGGUACUUUAAAGGUGCCAUAGAAUGGAAAACUGUAUUUACCUUGGCAUAGUUGAUUAAUAAGAGUUCUGUACAUGGAAAUGACAUACCGUGAGCCUCAAACACGAUUGUUUCCUCCUCCUUAUGUAAAUCUCGUGAAUAAAAAAGACCACUGAAAAAUAGGCGAAUCAGAACAUAACACCGACUGUGACGUAACAGUCGGGAUCACUAAUAGUUACGCGCCCAACAUUUGCAUAACGUAUACCAGCCCAUGUCCUAUGCCAGACGCCAGCCGAACCAUCAGAAGUUCUGCAGAUAUUGUGAAGAAACAAGCAAGGACAACAGCGAAAAUGGCAGAUCAUGGAAUUGAAUGUUAUGUUCCAGGCUGUGCAGGGGAUGGGUUGGUGUCUGUAUUCACAAAGGCACGGAAAGCAAAUAACGCGUUCUAAUAAAAUAACGCUUGUCUGAAGUUUAAAAUCAUUGGUGUACCCGUAAGCCAAUCACAUAGCGGUUGGUUAUGACGUAUGUUAUUCGCCGGCUCGACCGCCUCGAACUUCCGCUGUAAACACAGGUAUGCGGUGAAAACAAAACCAUUGAGCGAAAUACCGGAGUGAAGAUGGCUGUGAACGACUUUUGCAGAUUAUGUGAAGUAAAUCUACGCAUCCACAAUUAUCUCCUUGCCGAACUUUGGCCUCCCCAGUUUCUCGCUGACGAUCGGUAACAGUUGAUAAAUUAAACUUUUCCCAAAACCUAUCGGGAGUAGGGCCACAACAUCACCUCCAUUCAAAAUGUGAACCAAACACUCUUCCUGUUCGGGCUUCAGUUGGCAAAUCCCUGGAAUUUUAUCCACAACAGAGCAAAUAGCAUCCCGUGUCUCCAUGUCCGCUGUCAUUUUAGAUUUCCUCAAACCUAAACUACAAUCUUAAAUUCGGCGCUUAGCGUCUACGUCAACGGCUCUCAGCCCGCCCUCUGUUCGUUGGUUGGCCCGGCUGCUGCGGAGCCGGAGAUAAACUGGAAGAUGGUCUGCUAUAUCAGACUGAGUACAGAAGCGAAAUGAAAUUGAGCGGAAAUACGAAGUCUGACGUAGUCAGGCUAUUCUAUGGCACCUUUAAAUGUGAAAUUAAAAUCGCCAGUAGGUGGCAGCAAGUCACUGUUAACAAGCGAGUCAUUGCGAAUGAACCAAAUCAUUUUAAAUGGUUGAUUCAUUCAGGAACGAAACACCGUCAUGUUGCACAGAGACACAAAACAGUUCUGUAGCUGUUGGAAUUAUUUUUUUGUUGGCGAAAUGGAGCAAAAACAGGCAAUAUGGUGUCUAAAACGUAAGUCUCUUAAUAUAAACGUAUUGGUUUUUGAACUGUUGUAUAAAAUCAAUAUCACAUUUGUAAUCAUGCCUAUUUUUUUUAAGAAAAAACGGCACUCUUCGUGUGAUUUUAACUAUAUGAAAUGAUAUAUAUAAAUUUUCUGCCCCCAUAUCUUGAAUUUUGUGAUCAUCAUUCUUAAUGCAUUUUAAUAGACUGAAUCAUGCAGUGAAAAGGAAAAAACACACUCUAAAUGCGCAUGUUUAGACUCACUGUUCACUGUUUAGACUUCAUCACGUAAUGUAUGCGUGCACUCCGUAGGUAUUUUGUUUGGUUUUUGCAAAAUACUCGAUAAUGUCAAAUUACACAUCGUUAAAACAACAAUUACGAUAUUAUCGCAGACGAUAUAUAUCGCACACCCCUAGAUCCUAGAGAUUUUUUAGAUAUAAAGGCCAGUGUUUUUAUAGUUCACUAAAAUUAAAACUAUGAAAAAUUGUUUAAUCAUUUAAGGUAAUUGAAAAAAAGCUGAAAUAAAAUAAAAUCGUCAAUGAAAAAUUGAGAUGUUGCCCUGGCAGCUGACUGAAAAAACUGAAGUACUAAAACGAUUUAAACUAAAACUUAAAUAAAAAAUAGCGUAAAACUAUAUAGAAAUAUUUUUUAAAAAUAAGAAAAAUUACGAAAGUACCAAAAUUGAAAAUAUCAUAAUAAAAGCUCAUUCAAAAUAUUAAUAAAUAUGAUAAUAAUGAAUAACACUAUUUUAAAUGCUAAAAAUAAUCUAAAUUAUAUAUCAAAUACAAAAUAUACCUACAGUAAUUGUACAUUUCUUUACAAAACAAAAAAUUUAAUGAAAAUCAUAAAAUGGAUUAGUUGGGUCAAAUAGUGAAGUGCCCAGCAUAGAUGUAAACUUCAAUACUCUAUGUAUAUAUAUAUAUAUAUAUAUAUUAUAAGUAUAAUUUUUUGCAGCUAUUUAUGCGUGCAUGUGUGCGAGUGGCUCAUGGCUUGAGAUAGAGUCAUGAGCGUAUAAUGUAUCAGUGUUUUCCUGGGCUACAGUCCAGCAGGUGUAUGUGGGUGGGUGAGUGAGAGAGAGAGAGAGAGAGAGAGGGUACACAGUGUGUUGGGGGGCUUUGGCUGUGCAACUAAGU